UUGAAAGUAUAUUACAGUGUAUUCUGUUCAGAUUGUCUAACAUAUUAACAGCAUACUACUUUACAGUUUUAUAUCAGAAGUAUUUGGACUGGCACCACUCAAGGUUUUAUUUAUAGUUGGCUGAUGUGACUGGAUGUUGGUGGAAGCAGAAAGCAGGGAAUCCCCCUGAAAUAAGGCAAAUCUUAAUGCAUAUUCUUCGGGGCCAUAAUAUCAGCCUGUCCUUUUUUUGAGUCCUACAGACAGGCAGUGUCCUCAAAAUCACUGGUGCCCCAGACUCAAGUCAGUUCUAUUUGACGAUGCCUCAGUUGCCUUAAUUGAUUAAAGCUGCUGAUCCUGGCAAUUUAUCUGACCUUACCUGAUUGAAGGUUGCAUUUGUUUAAAUGUUGUAUUUUUGCAUUUAAUCAAUGAUUUAGAAAGUAAGCAUUGUGUUUUAUUAGUUGAUUACGAAUCUAACCCUUUUGAAAUUCCUAGAGCAUUCUGUGUUUUGUAAGUGGAUAACGAAACUCUAGUCAUUUGACCUGAGAUUGGCAAUAAGAAGAGCAACAAUAGUCUUAGUAGGUCAAUUAUUACAAUAUACACUAGUAAUUGUGUUUUAUAAUGUACCAUAUAAAGUUACACAUAGUAAUAGUAGAAAUAGUAAUCUAUGUAGGCCAAGUUAUUAUGGCUACGGACGUGCAUAUACAUUAAAUACUGAGGGAAGAGCUGAGGGGUGUUUUCCAAGCUUGCAUGUUAUGUUUUCUUUUUGGUUACUUUCUUUGUCUCUGCAUGUAUUUGUAUGUCUGUGUUUGUCUGUGUGUGUGCAAGGCCCUCUCUGCAUUCCUGUGAGCCGCUGUACUGGCAAAGCUUGUGUUCUCACAGUUGCCACGACGAGCUUACAACGUCUACAAAAUGGACGCCCGAGAUUGCUCUUAACCAUUAGAGAGAAAGAGAGAGAGGGAGCAGGAAAAAAGGGACAGGAGGCAAUCUGAUAUGUGUUUGUUGUAGUGCAGCAGCCCAUAUCCUACACGCUUGCCUUGUGUGAAGGUCUGAACAGAGAAGUAGAGUGUGGUUUGGAGAGUAUUUUUGAUGGUGGAUGGCAGCAGCAGCCCUCCCUGCAUUGCAGCAGUGGAUCAGAGCAGAGAGAGGGGAGCAGGGAGAGCCAGUGUGCCACACAGCAUCUACCGCCCAAUCACGCGCCUCCGUGUGGCUCUCAAACCAAUCGGCAGCCCACAGCUGAGGUUAAAGAUUGACAAUCGCACUGAGAGCAGCAGGGAGAGCAAGGCCCUUCUGGAAAAUUCUGCACCCAUCUUUGUCUCAUCCCUUAAAGCUAUUGCAAUUGAGAAAAAAAAGAAAAAAAAGAUAUUAGGCAAGGGCCCUGCCUGAAGAAUCUGUGUACUGUGCACGUAAAGAAAAAUAAGGUGCAAGAGGGGGAGAGACUGCAAGAAUCAGACCAAAAGACCUGCCUUGGAAGGCAAAGAUGCUACUGCCUCAACAGGAAUAUUUUUUUUUCUCCAAGAUUUGGCAUCCUGUAGCUGAAAUACCUUCGACUGAUCCAAUUUUGGCUGAAGAAGAAGUGAAGGCAGAAUCAGAUGUGAAUGAAGGGAUGGAGAUUGCCACACGAUCCAAAGUGUCUGAUUCAGCAUCCGCAGAGCGCACUGCCACUAAACGCAAAGUGCCCAGCCCGCCUCACUCUUCCAAUGGACAUUCUCCCUCAGAAGCAUCUCCGAGCCCUGUCAAAAAGAAGAAGAAACCAGGAGCCGUCAACAACAGCAAAGACCAGUCCGAACUAAGACAUGGUCCCUUUUACUAUGUGAAGCAGUCCGCACUCACCACAGACCCUGUUGAUGUUGUACCGCAGGACGGGAGGAAUGAUUUCUACUGCUGGGUGUGCCAUCGUGAGGGCCAGGUGCUCUGCUGUGAGCUCUGCCCGCGUGUCUACCACGCUAAGUGCCUCAAACUGGCCGCAGAGCCCGAAGGGGACUGGUUCUGCCCUGAAUGUGAGAAAAUAACUGUCGCAGAAUGCAUUGAGACACAGAGCAAAGCGAUGACGAUGCUCACUCUGGACCAGCUGUCUUAUCUACUCAAGUUUGCUCUUCAAAAGAUGAAACAGCCUGGUACAGAACCAUUUCAGAAGCCAGUGUGUCUUGAGCAACAUCCAGAUUAUGCAGAGUAUAUUUUUCAUCCCAUGGACCUCUGCACAUUAGAAAAGAAUAUCAAAAAGAAACUAUAUGGUUCUACUGAAGCUUUCUUGGCUGAUGUGAAGUGGAUUUUGCACAACUGCAUUAUUUACAAUGGAGGAAAUCAUAAACUCACAGCAACAGCUAAGGUUAUUGUAAAAAUCUGUGAACAUGAAAUGAAUGAAAUUGAGGUCUGUCCAGAGUGCUAUCUUUCAGCGUGUCAGAAGAGGGACAACUGGUUUUGCGAGCCAUGUAGUAACCCCCAUCCCUUAGUGUGGGCCAAACUUAAGGGGUUUCCAUUCUGGCCUGCCAAAGCUCUGCGAGACAAAGAUGGACAAGUGGAUGCUCGAUUCUUUGGGCAGCAUGACAGAGCCUGGGUUCCGAUCAACAAUUGCUACCUCAUGUCUAAGGAGAUUCCUUUCUCUGUAAAGAAGACCAAGAGCAUUUUCAACAGUGCCAUGCAGGAGAUGGAAGUCUACGUUGAAAACAUUAGGAAAAAAUUUGCCGUCUUUAAUUAUGCCCCAUUCCGCACUCCCUACACACCUGACAAUCAGUUCCAAAUGCUUCUCGACCCAGCAAAUCCAGGCGCCGGCUCGGUCAAACCCGAAAAACAAGAAAAGAUCAAAUUCAGUUUUGACAUGACUGCAUCACCAAAGAUGCUGGUGGGUAAGGGCAUGAUGUCAGGAGGGAUUGGUGGAGGAGGAACUGGUAGGCGGAUCUCUAUGACAGACAUACCUCGUUCACCAAUGAGCACCAACUCCUCAGCCCACACUGGCUCUGAUGGAGAGCAAGAAGGUGGAGAAAAGAGCCAGGCCAAAUGUUCCCUACCCCAUCGCACUGGAGGGGAAGAGCCUCUGGAAAGCACAGCGUCCCCUGCUGCUCCUCGACCAGGUCUUGUGGGGAGUGCAGUAGACAGCCCUAAACCAUUCCAUUCUACUGCUCCCAGCACGCCCAUCAAACAGGAAAAGGUUCCGGCCACAGGCAGCAUCCUAAAUCUUAACCUAGACCGUAGUAAAGCCGAGAUGGACCUAAAAGAGCUGAGUGAGACCGUACAGCAGCAACAGCAACAGCAGCAGGGGCCUCAGACCUCGCUCACUUCACCCAAGAGGCAGAUCAGGAGCCGCUUUCAGCUCAAUCUUGACAAGACCAUUGAGAGCUGCAAAGCACAACUGGGUAUAGAUGAAAUAUCUGAGGAUGUGUAUAAAGGUGUGGAACACAGUGACUCUGAUGACUCCGACAAGUCUGACUCCAGUGAUAGCGAAUAUGCCAGCGAUGAUGAGCAGAAACCAAAAAUUAGCCAAGACGCUUGUCCUGAUGAUAAAACAGAGAAAGAACCACCCAAAAAGAAGUCUAAACCAUCUCCACCUGUUAGUGAAGAGAAGGACAGCAGCAUUGAAGCUUCUGGGACUCCUAGCACAGUGACCAAAUGUGAGACUUUGCAGAAAGCAGGAACUAGCAUCUCUCCAGUGAAAGAGAAAUCAGUUGUCGACUCAGAGAAAGAAGUGCCCAAAGCAGCACCAGUCUCUCCGAGUGCACGAGACAAGUCCAAGGCUACAGAGGAAGCCAAGCAAUCUGCGUCUGUCGAUGUAGACAUGGACUCAGACUCGGAGAGAGAGCUAGUGAUUGAUUUGGGAGAAGAACCGGGAGGAAGAGAAAGGAAAAGAAGCAGAAAAGACGCAGCCGCUGUCACCGCACUCAAAGAAACAACAGCUUCCAAGACAGAGGGUAAGGCCCCUGCAACAGGUAGUCUUGCCCAGUCUCAAAACCCUGUAGUCCCCUCCUCCACCACAGGCCUCAAAGACCCCUUGCCAUCUCCCAUGGCUAUUCCUUUAAACGUAGUGGCUGUCCCUGCUGUUCCAAGCACCACUUCCCUCUCCUCUUCUGCAUCCCUCAACACCACUCCAUCAACAGCCCCAGCCUCCUCUUCCACCCCUACCAGCACAGUCAAAAAACAGCGACCCCUGCUGCCCCGGGAGACUGUGCCUGUGGUGCAACGGGCUGUGGUAUGGAAUCCCACUGCUAAGUUCCAGACCUCCUCUCAGAAAUGGCACAUGCAGAAGGUGCAGCGGCAACAGCAGAGCCAGACACAGCCAGCAACACAGACGCAGGUGUUAUCUCAGGCACAGCGUAGCCAGCUUCAGCAAGCACAGACUUCAUCUUCAGCACAGCAGCCUUCAUCCAGCACGCGAUAUCUGACACGACAGGCUGUUAAAGCUGUGCAGCAGAAAGACCCCCAACUCAGCACCUCCACCUCUGCUGUCACCUUGGUUACCAGUGCGCCCGUGUCUGCAGCCAUAAUGGCAGGUGCCACAGUUAGUUCUUCCUCAUCAUCAGCAUCCUCCAUGACAGGAGAUCUCCAGAUCCCCACCACCUCUGCUGAUGUGGCAGCUGACAUUGCAAAGUAUACUAACAAAAUAAUGGAUGCAAUCAAGGGGACGAUGACUGAAAUAUACAAUGACCUCUCCAAGAGCACCUCAGGAAAUACAAUAGCAGAAAUUAGACGGUUACGGAUUGAAAUUGAAAAACUGCAGUGGCUACAUCAGCAGGAGUUAUCAGAGAUGAAGCAUAAUUUAGAAUUGACCAUGGCAGAGAUGAGGCAGAGUCUGGAGCAGGAGCGAGAACGGCUGGUUGCGGAGGUAAAGAAACAGAUGGAGGUGGAGAAGCAGCAGGCAGUGGACGAGACCAAGAAGAAGCAGUGGUGUGCCAACUGUAAGAAGGAGGCCAUUUUCUACUGCUGCUGGAACACAAGCUACUGUGACUAUCCCUGCCAGCAAGCCCACUGGCCAGAACACAUGAAGUCCUGCACACAGUCUGCAACAUCGUCACAGCAAGAGCCUGAGACAGAAUCAAGCGCAGACACCAUUUCCAAAGGCUCUGGGCAUCCUAACAAUGGUCAGAACUCGCCCCGAGAGAUGACAACAGCCCCUCCCACAGACAAGGACAGUGAUGUGGACAAGCCUAAGGACAAUGUUACUGUCAGUCUCUCCUAGCUCAGACAUACAAACUCUGCUUUAGAACAGCACUUACACUUGCAUUACUGUACAAAAUCAUCCUUCACUACAGCAAAGUAUUUUUUAUUUUGUGUUUUCGUCUUGCCAAUCUGUGCUUUGGGAACUUUGAGAAUGCUGAUUUACUUUUCUGUAUCAAUAACAAUUCCAAUCAGAAGUCAGCCAGAUCUCCCAUGUGCCACACAAAGAAUUUCUGAUUCUGGAUAUUUUAGACUCCAUAACUUCAUUCUAACUACUCUGAAAAUAGUACUGCAUUGAAAUUACUCGAUUGAAGUGUGUACAUUGUGUUCAAUUAACCAAAUAUAUUACAUCUGUUUUUCCAUAUAAAGCCAGCAUUGAAUGUCAAAAUUAAUCCAUACACAGAUCGCUGGAUUUUUACACAAAGAGGUAACUCUAUGGUGCUUACUCCAUGUUAGUAGGAUUUUUGUAGCGUAAUUAGACCCCUGUUCAGCAUUGAAUGUUUCACUGAUGUGGAACUAUUUUUUUCUCAGAACAUAAAUCUUAAUUUUACUGUCAUUUAAUGCCUCACCAGCAAGAGUGAAGUUGUGGAGAUCUGAACACCUAGCAUGAGAUAUGAAAAAUAUGGUUAAAAAGUGUCUCUGUGUCAAAUAAUUAAGACCCAUUACUGAGGUGGCAUAAUAUCGUAAAGACCUAAAUCAAUUCAUGUCUUUCACUGUGAAAGGGUGAAGAGGCAGUUACUGUGUAUGUUACAUUUCCAUUAGGUUCUGUUCUUUCCUUAUAAGCUUUAUAUGGGGGUGGAUAACAAAGAAAAAGGUAUGGGAUGUUGUUUUUAUUUUUGUUUUUUACAGUCGAUAGAUUUUUAAAAAGAAUACUGGUUUAUAUUCAUAUUUAUGUUAAUUUAUCCAACAUUUUUGGUAAUAUGAAGCUCUAAAGACUAUACUUUAUUUUGCCUAUGCAUCACUAAGACCAUUUGGAAAUCUGAUUGAAAAAAGUUUCACCACUGUCUGAACAGAUUGGCUAUUAGUAUUCCAACAUGUUAUAUGGGGGUUGUUUUAAUCUUUUGAACCUGACUGUAUUCAAUGGUCAACAUGAUACACCCUUACUGUAUGACUAGAUAACGGUCUGAUUCUUGUUCAUAAUUCACAAUGCAAAGCAUCUUUUUUCAUUUAAGCCUAAGAACAUUUUUUGCCUUUAUCUGCACUCCUUCAUGUGCCCAUGUUGGUGUUCUGUUUUUGAAUGUUACGCAUCUGACUGAAUGGCAUCUGACCAGGCUGCUUUGUUCUUGUGUUUUUCUUUUCUUCUUUUCAGAUACAUUAUACUGUUUUAACCAUUGCGGUACAGUGACUACAUUUCAAAACUGCUUUUGCCAGUGGUCUUACUGGCCUGUUGAAUAACUCCUGAUUUAUCAUUCCGUUACAGUUCUGAACGUAACCUUUUAUUUUACAUUGGGUUUAUAUGUUGAUCAAUCUUGUUACCAAAAUUGAGAAACUGUAUAAUACUGGUCUGUUGUUUAUUUUUAAACACCAUUAUUUAGAUUUUGAUGAAUAAUUACAGGACACAGACGAUAUCACCCUUUCAGCAGCCUCCGUGAUAUAAUAUUGACUGUUGACUGUUGACAAUGGAUACAUUAUUCUUAACUCUAAAAAAAAAAAAAAAAAAAAAAGAAAAACAAAAACUAUACAGAGGA